UUAAAAUGAACUGUUAUUGAGCACAGUCGGAAACAUUCUUUUAACUGGUUUUCUAUUUUUCAAUUUUGUAAAAACAAACGUAGUUCUUAAAUCUAUUAUAUAACAAUCGGAUAACUUUUUCACUUUUAUUUUUAUCGGAUAAUCUUUUCACUUAUCAGGUUGAAUGAAAAUCAUUGUAGUAUAAUCUUAAAUUUAAACGAAAAGAAGAGAUAAUUAAUAUUGAUAAAUAAUUUACUGUUCGGUGUGUGACCGUUAAUAGUUGGUAACAUUGUUUGUUUACACGAUGGCGUCCGGUGGUGAAAAUACAACUGAAGAAAGAACUGAAGCGUCCACGCCAGCUCAACCCAUCACCAAUGUCGUGUCGGAAGCAGCGCACAAAGUGAUAGCAAUGGACAAAGAUCCUGACCUGUCAAGUGUACCUCCAAAGAAAUCUCGUGUUGAGGUGCAAUCACUACCAACUAGACAGUAUCUGGAUCAAACGGUGGUUCCCAUUUUGCUGCAGGCUUUAUCUACUUUAGCCAAAGAAAGACCUACCGAUCCUAUUAGCUUUCUAGCAGGUUAUUUAUUGAAGCACAAAAGUCAAUACGACAACGGUGGAUCACCGCCAACUAGUCAGUAAUUUUAUUUUAUAUCAAACACACUUAUCUUGGAAAAAUAUAUUUGUGGCUGAAAAUUUUGCAACGAUUAGGCUGGUGAAGAUAUCAAUCAAAGUGUAUCUCUGUAAUAUCAAAUUGAAUAAAAAUGAAUUAGCUUUUUAUCUUUUAAA